AUGGCCACGGGUGACCCAUCUCCACCAUCAACCACGCUUGGAUUGGUGGUUCCGCUGGUGAUCUGGGGACCGAAACCACCGGAAAAUAAAAUGACAGUGGUACGAUAUCUAAGCGACAAUGCCACGAUAAUUACAGGCGCUCAAAAUGGCCAUAUAAUCACUUGGAAAUGUGAAGGAAGUUCGGUAACACCAGGACAGUUGAUGAUAGGCCAUGAAGCACCCAUCACAGCUAUAUCGCCCACGAAUAAUCUGCCCACCUCAACGUUAGUUUCAUCCAUUUCCUUCUCUAGAGGAUUUAUCUGCUUGUUGAUGUUAAGAAGGUUUAUCUCCGCUUCGUGCGAUGGUCACCUUUGCUUAUGGGACAUACAAGAUGGUCGGUGUAUCGAUUCAGUUUCAACAUUAUUCAUUCAUAGGCACAUGCAGCCCUACGUAAGGGAUUAUAGUGACAUAGUUGUAAUGGAUCCACAGGAUUUGACCGUGGUUUUCCUGCUCAGCUCCAGAGUAGAACCCGAUUGGGUGUGCAGCUACGAGAUUGUGCAAAGACCAAAUAAACCGGAACAGUGUAUUGGUGUAUCCAUGGCUGGUAUGAUCAAAAUUUGGUCGCUUGUGGAGUUGGAAAAGAAGGACCUUGCUACCCCUUUAUAUGAGGAUGAAUCAAAGAGAUUGGAACUUAGGGAUGUGAAGGCAGUUUCAUUCAACCCAAUAAAUGAUAAGAUUCUUCUUGUGAUUUGCUCAAACGCCUGGCAUCUGCUUGAUCUUGACGACCUGUCCGCUUUCAUCACCCAUGAAUGCCCUACGAGAGCUGUGAAUGGCAAAAUAUUAAACAUCGAUAAGGUAGCCAUAGCCUUUACAGAUCAAACUGUGAGGAUAUAUCAACUUCCCAUUGACAAACUAGAAGGUCCCCAGGUUCGCCAAGAAUUUGGCGUCAACCCCAAAAAUUUUCUGGGCAUGGCAAACCCUUUUGAAUUUGCAAUGCUGGAUACAUCUCAUGCAAAUCCGCGUUCGUGGUUGAAUGACGUCACGUUUUCCUUCUCUCGACAAUGUGGCGAUUCGUUGUUGUAUCAAGUUGCACGAGCGAAUCAUGCAGGGCAGCUGCUUAUCUGGAAAAUUCCCAAUUUUGAUAAAGAUUUCCUCAGAGAGUUCAAAGCUACAUAUGAGGAAAGCUUGGCAUCAAUCUGGAAUAGCCUCAACAACGAUGAACAGUUGUCUCUACCUGUAUUGGUCGGUGUUACGGACUCCGGCGAGGUGACAUGCUCCCUAUUCGUGAGCAGCCAAGGGAAGUUGCUGAUUGGUAGAGCAGAUGGCUUAAUUGUAAUGACGUACGCUUGUGAGACAUUGUCACGACAACUUUUGGACAUAUCUCUGGAAAAGCCUACAAUUCGAAGAUUAGUUGGACAUAAAGCAGCUGUGACUAACCUUUUCUACCCAUUUGAACAUCACCCACGCUUUGACCCACAAGUGUUGCUGUCUGGUGCUGAUGAUUUUGCUGUAAUUGUCUGGAAUAUAAAUACUGCAGCGAAAUUGUACAAGUUUUGCGUGCAUGGUGGACCGAUUCUGCGCUUUCUUGUUCCUCCGGCUAAUACUAGCAAACAAAUGAGCAAGUGUAUCUGCUCUGUGGCAGCUGAUAACAGCGUCUCACUUUUGAAUAUUCGCGAUAUGAAGUGUGCCCUGCUUGCCUCACGACAUCCUCAUCCUGUUAGUCUGGUGAAAUGGCGACCUCUCGAUGAUUUUAUGCUUGUACGGUUGGAUGACGGUAGCGUCUAUGUGUGGCAAAUGGAAACAGCAAACAUGGAUCGUGUUGUGACAGGCGUUGUAGCUGAAGAAGUACUUGCUGCAUGCGAUGAACAAAUAGGAAGAGAAGAAGGCACGGAUGAAGUGGCCGCACCUCAAGCAAUAGUGCUCAUGCGGACAUUGCGAUACCGUGGCAUGGAUAUGUCAUUGCCGGGAUGUAAUCAAGGAGCACAUCUUAUCCAGUUUGAGGUUGGCAGCCUUAUCGGCGGCAUUGUGAAUCUAGAUGCCAGCGAUGAGGCUAUGCUUACUGAACGUCGUUCUGUGCCGACUAUCACGAAGGCCGAUGGAAGUGAAGAAGCGCCUAAUUCCGAAAUUUCG